GGUUAAUUACAUACUGACUGCAAAUGGAGCAAAAAGCUUCUAAUGCGCAAAGUGACCUAGAGCAGAUGUUAGUCGAUGAAACAAUUGAGCCCAAGGCCUUGCCAUUAUCACUCUUGAAGGACAUCACAAAUGAUUUUUCCGAUGACCGGGAGAUUGGAAGAGGUGGAUUUGCUGUGGUUUAUAAGGGAGUACUUGGCGACAGGUCGGUUGCCGUGAAGAAGUUGUCCAAAGCUUAUAUGCAUGAAACGGAAUUUGACCGAGAGAUUGAAUGCCUCAUGCGGGCUAAGCACAAAAAUGUCGUAAGAUUUCUGGGAUAUUGUGAUGAUAGACAAAGAAGUGCAGAAACGUAUGAUGGAAAACUUAUCAUGGCAGAUAUACAACAAAGAUUGCUUUGUUUUGAGUACAUACCUAAUGGGAGUCUUGAUUUGUAUCUUAACGAUGCACAUCGUGAUUGGGAUACGUGCUACGAAAUAAUCAAAGGGAUAUGUCACGGUCUGCAAUACCUUCAUGACAAUCGUAUUAUUCACUUGGAUUUGAAACCCGCCAAUAUACUGCUCGACAAUGACAUGGUACCAAAAAUAACUGAUUUUGGCCUGUCAAGACGCUUAGAUGAAAAUCAAAGCCAAGUGCUUACCAAAAAUAUAUCAGGAACAACGGGAUAUUUGGCACCAGAACGUUAUGAAGGGAGUGGAAUCACACGCAGCGGUGACUUGUAUAGUCUUGGUAUUAUUAUUAUGGAAAUACUGACCGGGCAGAAGGGGCAUCAAACUAGUGAGGAUGUACUUGAAAGUUGGAGUGGUAGGUUGGAGAGAUCAAAACAAGACACAGUCUACGAACAAAUACGUGUAUGCUACGAGAUAGCUUUAAAUUGCAUACAGUUCAAUCCAAAGAACAGACCAUCUAGUGCACGAGAAAUGAUUGACCGACUUCACCAAAUGGAAAGUAUCCAGGGCUGGUUUGGCGAAAUAUUUAACUUUUCUCCUGAGCCGGCUCAACUGCCAGGCUCGGAGUACGGUCUCGUCGAAACGAAGCCUCUACUGCCCGAGAAUCUCGGUCCAAGCGGCGAGGCGAUGACGGCGACGCACGAUAUGUUGGAGCAGAUGUCGUAUCUGUGCGUGAGCGUGGUAAAGGCGCGGGACCUGCCUACCAUGGACAUGACCGGCGCGCUGGACCCGUACGUGGAGGUGAAACUAGGUGACCUCAAGGGCGUGACGCGGCACCUGGAGAAGAACGCUAACCCGGUGUGGCGGCAGAUGUUCGCCUUCUCGGCCGCCCAUCUGCAGUUCGACCAGCUGCAGAUUAUCGUUAAGCACAAGGACGUGCUCCGAGACGACUUGGUCGGCCGCGUCGUCUUCGACGUGGCCGACAUCCCGCGCCUCUCGCCUAACAGCCGGCUGGCACCGCAGUGGUACCACCUUUCCGAUGCCAACGGCAAGAGGUUUCCGAAUAGACAUAGCCUGGGCGAAAUCAUGCUCGCUGUUUGGCUCGGCACGCAGGCCGACGAGGCCUUCAUGGAUGCGCACGCCCUCUCCCUGGAGGGGCUCACCAACACGCGCUCCCAGGUGUACUACUCCCCCAAGCUCAUCUACCUCAGGGUCUCCGUCAUCGCGGCGCAGGACCUCAUGGGCACUAAGAAGGAUCAACCACUAGGGCCGACCAUCGCCAAGAUCCAGAUGGGCAGCCAGAUAAUGCGGACGCGGCCGGGGCAGCCGCAGGGGUCGGCGAACCCGGCCUGGAACGAGGAGUUCAUGUGCGUCGUCAGCGAGCCAUUCGAGGACCCGCUUGUGGUGACCGUGGAGGAGAAGGUCGGCACCGGGAGGGACGAGCCCAUCGGCCGCAUCAUCAUCCCCAUGGCGUCCCCGUACGUGGAGCGCAACGACCUGUUUAUGCCGGUGCCGUCCAAGUGGUUCAGCCUCUCGCGUGGGAUGACCGGGAGCAAGAUCCUGCUCAGGAUGAGCCUGGACACGGGGUACCACGUGAUGGACGAGCCGCCGGAGUACAUGAGCGACCUGCAUCCGGCGGCGAAGAAACUCCGCAAGAGCGCCAUUGGCAUCCUGAAGGUGGAGAUCCUGGGCGCUCGUGACCUGGCCGUGGGCGUGGAGAACCCGUACGUCGUCGCCAAGUACGGCAAGAAGUGGGUGCGCACACGCACUCUCCUCAACACCACCGCGCCGCAGUGGAACGAGCAGCACACCUGGGAUGUGUUCGACGUCGGCACCGUCAUCACCGUCGCAGUCUUCAACGACUCCCACGGCGCUGCCAAUGACCAGAGGAUCGGCAAGGUGCGCGUUCGCGUCGCCACCCUCGAGACGGAUCGCAUGUACACCCAGUACUAUCCUCUCGUGGUGCUUACCCCGUCCGGGCUGAAGAAGAUGGGGCAGCUCCAUCUUGCAGUCCGCUUCACCUGCAAGUCUUGGCCCAAAAUGCUGGCAAUGUACGGCAAACCACUGCUUCCCGAAUUGCACCACACCAACCCCAUCUCCGCGCCGCAGAUGGACUACCUCCGGUUUAAGGCCAUGGAGAUGGUGGCCUCGCGGUUGGGCAGGGCCCAGCCGCCACUGCGGAGGGAGGUGGUGGAGUACAUGCUCGACUUCGACAACCGCACCUACAUGUUCAGCCUGCGACGGAGCAAGGCCAACUUCUACCGGUUCAUGGUCCUCUUCUCACCCAUCAUGGCCAUGUGGAAGUGGUUUGACGACGUCUGCAAGUGGAAGAAUCCGGUGACGACGAUUCUGGUGAACGUGGUAUACCUGAACCUGGUGUGCUACCCGAAGCUAAUCCUGCCCAUGGUAUUCCUGUGCUUCAUCAUGAUCGUUGCGAGGAACUACCGGCAGCGGCCGCGGAAUCUGCCGCACAUGGAUGCGGUGCUGUCACACGCGGAGAUCGCACACCCGGACGAGCUGGACGAGGAGUUCGACACGUUUCCCGCGUCCAGGCCGGCUGACCUCGUGCGGAUGAGGUAUGAUCGACUACGGUGCAUCGCCGGCAGGGUGCAGACGGUGGCAGCGGACCUUGCUUUGCAGGGAGAGCGCCUGCUGUUCCUGCCCCGCUGGCAUGACCCCAGGGCGACAACCAUCUACAUGAUGCUCUUGGUGAUGAUGGCACUCGUACUGUACCUGACGCCGUUCCGGGUGGUGGCCAUGGUGAUACAGCUCUACUUCCUCCGGCCCCCGUGGUUCCAGAGCAGGACCCCGAGCAUGAUCUUCAACUUCUACCGUCGCCUGCAUUCAAACCAAGGCCUCAUGCUGUAAGGUUGAUGCACGUAGCAUUUGUCUUUUUGUUAUUGUUGACUAUGUUACCUUUUUUGUGCGCAAAAAUGAUAGAUCUAUUAUAAAAGUCCAUCCGAAUACAAAGCAUAUCAAACAAA